CAUGUGUCAAUAACAUAAUAUUUUUAUGUGACACUGUAACGGUGCGGCUGCCCGUUACCACAGGCAAUGGACACAAACAGGACUGACACCGGGAUUUACAAGUACCCUUUUAUUAAACGCACACAGUUAAACAUUCAAACACUUUCAUGACGCCACCUGCAACACACAAAAAACAUACGUUAGGAGGAAGCCGGUCAGGGGACAUGGCACAAACAAACAAGGACAUCGUAAAAAAACACUCACGUUACGGUUGCGCUGGCUUCCGGGUGUCGGGGGCUGCGGGAGGACCCGACGUGAAGUCCGGAAGAACAUUUGUGCGGUGCGGGGGUGAUGUCAGACGGGCGAGACCAAGUGUGUGGGGAGAGAGGGUGUGUUGGGGUACUUGAGGAAUAUUUUAGGUGUCAGGGAAGUAGGGGGUAAGGAUGGGGUUUAGACAAAUAGGUCGGUAGUAAGGGGUGUAACUAGGGGUGGGGAUAGGUAAAUCAGAAAUGUGUAGGGGAGGGUUAAUUGAAUUAAGAGUGGGAUGGGUCUGGCCAGGUAGGAUAUAUUCAGGUCCAAAUCAAGUAGGUGGGGCAGAAGGGUCGGAGGUGAGCUGGUGACAACACCUGGCCCUUAGGCCAGCCAAGGGCUUCAUUAGUGCCGAGGGGAAGACGGUUUUUGGAUUAUUGAAUGUUUAGAUGUUGAGUUAUUUUGAAUUCUUGAUUUCGGUUUUUGUUCAUUCAUUUUUGCCUCCAUACGGACCAUUUCUUUGUACCUGAAUAAAUUCAGGCCAACGGCCUUGCUCACAUCCCACCACUGCCUCCAAUCCUUCCAACGCCGCAAGGCUCAUCCUGGUAACAAUUGGUGUCAGAAGAAACCGGAGUGCCUCAACAGGGGGCAGUGUGGAAGAUGGGACCAAGAGCCAAGCCGGCCAAAGAGGGCGAUGCACGUAACCAGCAGGAAGAGGAACCGGCUGGAAGAGUACUACCUGCGCAAACAGACAUGGCUGACCAACUAACAGAAGAGCAGAUUGCUGAGUUCAAGGAGGCCUUCUCCCUCUUCGAUAAGGACGGCGAUGGCACCAUCACCACCAAGGAGCUGGGCACCGUGAUGCACUCUCUGGGCCAGAACGACACGGAGGCCGAGCUGCAGGACAUGAUCAACGAGGUGGACGGCAACGGCACUAUCGACUUCCCAGAGUUCCUGACCAUGAGGGCGAGGAAGCUGAAGGAAACAGACGGCGAGGAGGAGAUCAGGGAGGCCUUCCGAGGGUUUGACAAGAACGGUGGCGGCGGCGAUAGCGGUAAACGGCGAGCGGUGAACGGCAGCGGUAAACAGUAGCGGUUAGCGGUAAACAGUAGCGGUUAGCGGUAGCGGUAAACAGUAGCGGUUGCGGAAAUGGCAGCGGUAGCGGUUGCGGAAACGGUAAACAGUAGCGGUUGCAGUAGCGGUUGCGGAAACGGUAGCGGUAGCGGUAAACGGCAGCGGUAGCGGUAACGGUAAACGGUAGCAGCAAGCGGUAGCGGCAAACGCUAGCGGCAAACGCUAGCGGCAAGCAGGUAGCGGUAGCGGCAAACGCUAGCGGUAGCGGUAGCAGCUCUGGCUCCUCAGAGGGAAAGGAGGCGUGGCACUAACUCCCGGGUCACCAGGUGGUACCUGUCUCUCCAGCCAUACGGGUUCACCGUGACCUACCGGCCGGGGGAUACGAACAGAGUGGCGGAUUUCCUUUCCUGCAUCCCCGAAGUGGCGGGGGAAGGAGUGAGCAUGGAGCCCGGCUUGGAAGGGCCUUUUCCUUGCCUGGGACGACAGGAGUCGUCUGUACGGGAGGGGGGUAAUGUAAAGGUGCGGCUGCCCGUUACCACAGGCAAUGGACACAAACAGGACUGACACCGGGAUUUAGAAGUACCCUUUUAUUAAACACACACAGUUAAACAUUCAAACACUUUCAUGACGCCACCUGCAACACACAAAAAACAUACGUUAGGAGGAAGCCGGUCAGGGGACAUGGCACAAACAAGGACAUCGUAAAAAAACACUCGCGUUACGGUUGCGCUGGCUUCCGGGUGUCGGGGGCUGCGGGAGGACCCGACGUGAAGUCCGGAAGAACAUUUGUGCGGUGUGGGGGUGACGUCAGACGGGCGAGACCAAGUGUGUGGGGAGCGAGGGUGUGUUUGGGUACUUGAGGAAUAUUUUAGGUGUCAGGGAAGUAGGGGGUAAGGAUGGGGUUUAGACAAAUAGGUCGGUAGUAAGGGGUGUAACUAGGGGUGGGGAUAGGUAAAUCAGAAAUGUGUAGGGGAGGGUUAAUUGAAUUAAGAGUGGGAUGGUUUGGGCCAGGUAGGAUAUAUUCGGGUGCAAAUCAUGUAGGUGGGGCAGAAGGGUCUGAGGUGAGCUGGUGACAACACCUGGCCCUUAGGCCAGCCAAGGGCUUCAUUAGAGCCGAGGGGAAGACGGUUUUUGGAUUAUUGAAUGUUUAGAUGUUGAGUUAUUUUGAAUUAUUGAUUUCGGUUUUUGUUCAUUCAUUUUUGCCUCCAUACGGACCAUUUCUUUGUACCUGAAUAAAUUCAGGCCAACGGCCUUGCUCACAUCCCA